CACCGCAAGUCAGCGCCAUGUUGGGUCAGUUUGAAAGCUAGCGCGGGCGUAGCCCUGGGCUGUGACGGCGCAGGGAGAUGCGCGCGAGCUGAGGCGGAGGCGGGGCGGCUACCCGGUAGGGAUGCUUUGUCGCGUCUCCCAUCCGGUGACAGCCCAAGGCUUUCAGUGGAGAGUUGUGGACGUGUGCGCUUUUCUCGUUUUUUUUAUUUUUUUGGGCCUUCGUCGGUGAGUUCGGCCCGAACGGUAGUUGAAACCACUGGCCACUCGUUUCAGCAUUAUAUUCGUCGAAAUGAUGGAUUUCCUUUUGGAGCGGCAUGCUGAAAUGUUUACGGAAGAAACGUUGUUUUUAGGAGAAAUGAAUAGAAAUCACCAAUUUUGAGGAAGCCAUGGCGAAAUCAGAUACAAAACACAGAGUUUGUUCUCGGCAAUCUUCAGUAUCUUCUCUGUUAAGCUGCAACCUGAGUGGCAGUAAUUCCUCUAACUCUGGCUCUUUUCAGUAUAAGGAUAAACUGUACAGUUCUGCAUCUCAGGCUCUACAGGCCUAUAUUGAUGAUUUUGAUCUAAGCCAAAUGUGUCUUGGUGCAAGCACUGGAAAGAUUAACAUUGAUAAAUGUUCUGCUAAUAUGCCGGAAUUCUCCAACUACAUUUGUAAACCAAACAAUGCUUUUGAAAAUCUUGAUGACAAAAGACAUUUAUCCUUAUCCUAUAGAGGACAAACUCUUAAUGACAUAGACUCCAUUAGUCUAACAACUGAUGAUCUAUUAAAGCUUCCAGCAGAUGGAUCAUUUUCUUUCACUUAUUUUGGAUCAGGUCACGGAAGUAGCAAGAAAAACAGGAAACAUAUUGGAAGACUGAGUUCAUCUGACAGAGGAAAGAAGCAGAAUUUUCAAGAACCAGCUGCUCUCCAGGGCAAGGAUAACUUAGUUACCCCACUUGUAUACACAAAUAUAAAAGGAAGGCAAUGUGGUAGGCUGAAAAACCCAAAACUCAUGAAUAAGGCUAAUAAAAGCGUUUCUGUACCAUCUUUAUCUUUUUCCAAAAAAUUAUCUUUUAGGGACAGUUCAGAACACAAUCUUGAAAAGAAUUACCCAAGAUGGCUCACUAGCCAGAAGUCUGACCUUAAUAUUUCAGGGAUAACUAGUAUACCAGACUUCAAGUACCCAGUCUGGCUCUACAAUCAAGACUUGUUACCUGACACAGAUAGUCAAAGAAUACAUCAAAUGUUUAAAGACGAUCAGUGUUCUCCGAGGCAUAGUUACCAGGCACAAAGAACUUCUCGGCUAAUGAAUAAAUUAGAUUGUUUUGAAUAUUCUUUUGAACCUUCAAACAUUUCACAUUCCUUGAGUGAGGAUAAAAGAUUACUGAAUGAAUAUAAAUGUGGUCCUGAACCUAGCCAUUGUCUGUGUGAGAAUCCGCUUCUUCCAGGAUCCAAAAAGCCAUUCAGUGGUGACAAAAUUGAAUUGCUUAUCCUGAAGGCCAAGAGAAAUCUAGAGCAUUGUACUGAAGAGUUACCAAAGACUGUGAAAAAGGAUGACAGUCCUUGUUCAUUAGAUAAACUUGAAGCGGAAAGAUCAUGGGAAAAUAUUCCUGUUACUUUCAAAUCUCCUGUUCCUGUUAAUACUGAUGAUAGUCCUCAAGAAAUUCCAAAGACAAAGUAUGCUAAUGAAUUCCUUGAAGAUUUUUUAAAUGAUGAUAAUCAGAGCUGUACCCUUUCUGGAGGGAAACAUCAUGGACCUGUUGAAGCCCUGAAGCAAAUGUUAUUUAAUCUUCAGGCAGUGCAAGAAAGUUUCAAUCAGAAUAAAACUGCAGAGCCAAAAGGAGAAAUUAAACAAAUCUCAGAGGAUGAUCUCUCUAAAUUACAGUUGAAGGAAAGUAUGGCUCCUAUUACUAGGUCACUUCAAAAGGCUUUGCACCAUUUAUCUCGCCUGAGAGACCUGGUUGAUGAUACCAGUGGGAAACAGUCACCGAAAAUAUGAAGAGGAAAAUAAAAGUUUAACCAAUAAAUAGUCACCACAGAACAAAAUGUAUUUUUUUCAUAUCGCUUAAACUGACAGUUAACUAUAAGCCAUACGUUAUUCUGUGAUUGGUUCAAGUAUUACAUAUUUUUUAAAAAUCAGGCUUGAAAACAUCAGUAUAUUUUUUUGUGGCCUCUCCUCAUUUUGUGCCAAAACACCAGAAGUGAAUUGGGAGGACCCAUAGUCCUAGUCUGACUUUGGUCUUCAGGUUAUCAUAUGUCGAAUAGUCAAAGAUGGAUGAUUUCUGUUCUUGAAGCUUACAUGGACUUACACCUUCUUCAGCAUCCUCAUGAUUUUAUCUGAUUCUGGAUCAUUUAGAAGCUUUUCUUGGUUUCUAUCCAAAAUCUCUUAAGUUAAAUAGACUUAUAAAGGUAGCAUCCAAUGUAAGGAACUUAAGGAAUAUAAAAAUUGUUGAUGUAUCUUAUCUAUAUGGAAGUAUGUUAUUUUCAAGUUUCAUAAAGCAAACAUUUAAGAAUAUGUUGUAUUUGCAAAUAACAUUAAUGCAGUGCUAAAAGGAAUGUUGUUUUAUAUUGUGAAUUCCAGAAAAACCUCAUUUAAUUAAUGCUUUGAUUUUAUGUGAGAAUAUUUGACAGUACUUCACAGUUUUUAAAACAUUUUGUAGGGAAGAAUUUAACAUUUUGAUAUUUUUUAGAUUUAAAUUUUGAGGUUAGCUCAAACUAGUAAAAACUAUAUUUGACCGAUUGCUUUAUGAAAUUUGGUAACUGAAAUGACUAUGGAAAAUCAGUAACUAUAUUUAAGCUAUUUUGUAAAUGCUGAACUUUAUUUAAAGCAAUCUGUAGUCUUGAAGAUUUGUCACUAGCUAGAACUAAACAGAGUUCUCUAAUUUUGGAACUUCUAUCAAGUGAACUUCUGAUAAGCAGGAAGCAUGUUUAUUAACAAAAUGAAGAAAUAAGUCAUAAUACGUGGCAAAAUAUAUUUUAAAAGCCUGAUGAAAUUAAAGAGUAUGUUUGUAUGUAUACAAAUUAACACUACUCAAAUUUUGGAGCAUUUUUUGCUAGUACCUUUACUGUCAAAUAAGAAUUUCUAAGCACAUUGGGUGAAAGAAUUCCUUCCGCCUGCCCCCACCACCUCAAUUUAAAACACCACAUAAGACCUUUGUUGCAGAAAUUACAUGUCAAAGACUGUAGAGUGAAUCCUGUCUUUUUUCCCUUGCCUAGUGAAUCAGAGUCACUACUGUUCUUUUUGCCCAGUUUGAGAGUCUCUUGCUAGUAAGUUUGUUUGCUCUGGAUGCGUUUUUGCCACCUACAUUCAAUUUUCUGAUUAUGGUCUUCUGCUUCACAGCAAAUAGUUUGCAUACAAUGAAACAAGACAUUACUUUGAUGAUUGCAAUGUGGUCGGCUGUUAAGUGUGGAUGGGUUGAUUUUAAGUUGGAUGAAUUGAGCUUUUUAAGUGGAUGAAUGAAUGGAUCUGAGUUGAGCAUGUUUCAGGGAAAUCCAGAAUUUGACGAAUUCUAAAGGCACAGCAGAUACCAGAUAAUUAUGUAUUACAUGUUGAUCAGACAUGAUAUAUUUAGUGUACGUAGAAGGAAUCUGCAAAGGGAUUGUGCUUAAUGACUCUGUAACACUGAUUUGGUUAGUGCUUCAUUUGCAAAAACGUAUCUCCAAUACUAAAUAAGAUAAACUUGUUCUAGAAUUUUAACUAAUAUUUUAAGAAACUUGAUGAUACUUAUCCCAAAGUGUUUUUUUGUAUUAAAUAUGGAAGUUUUUAGCAAAAAAAGAGAAAACUUUAAAUGAUUAAUUGUAACCUUUAAAAAAUAUAUCAGUGAUUCAAUAAGAAAAAUGUAAAUGAUAAAUGUUCAAUAAAUUAUUUAAGGAAUUUAA